UAUGUGGCUACCAUACUACGGUGGCUACAUCACAAGGAUGGCUGCAAUAACAUUUGCCACCAUGAAAUAAACAACUAGCUGAACUAACAUUUAAGUGUUUUAACUGCAAGUUGUUAACCUCAAAAUAACCAAAUGUGGAGGUUAAAAAAAGUUGGCCACAAAGCUGGCCGACAAGGCGACAGCUUGGAGGAGCUCAAGUUAAAGAGGCGAGAGCACGAAAAGGCACUGAGACAAGCCCGCAGAGACAGACAGCUUGUAAGCAAGAGACUCCUGCUGAAUGACGAUGAGGACCAGCCAGGGGUCACCAUGGACACUAACUCAGGGGAACAGGACGUGGUCAGUUUGUUCCACAAACUUCAACACAGCGGGCCGGAGAGGGAGGGCCACCUGAAAGCUUUGAGUAAAGCUCUCCGCGACCCAUCAGCACAGCUCACCUUCAUCAAGCAGGAGAAUAGUAUGCAUCUUCUGGUUGGUCUCCUCACCGGCUCAGAUGCUACGUGCCGUCUGCAGGCUGUUCGGUGUCUUCAUGAGCUGUCUCAUUCUCCCCACACCAACGUGGCACCAGCCUUUCUGCCUGCCACCCCUUACCUGCUCACCUACCUGUCUGGCCAGAGCACCAAGUUCACUGAGCUGUGUCUCUACACGCUAGGUAAUUUAUGCCCAGACAGUGAUGUUGUGAAAGAGAAGCUCCUGGCCCAGGGAAUCAUACCAGCUCUGGCCAACUGUAUAGAGAACCAGAGACAUAACCUUGCGGUGGUGGAAGCUGUGGGAUUCACCCUCUCUCAGCUUCUCCAAGCCAAAGAUGCAGCAGAGAAAAUAAUCCCGAUGGUCCUUGCCUCCAGCUUACCUUCACACUUGAUAUCAGUCCUGACUCCGGACCCAAAGUUUGGCCUGGCACCUGCCAUUGAGUGUGCAUGGUGUCUGCACUACAUCUCAUGCAGCAUGAAGGACAACAGAGUGCUGUUGGCUCAUGGGGCCCUGCUACAGUGCAGUUCUCUGUUAGUGUCACUAGGUGGUGCUGUGGCUGAAGGAAACAAGGAAGAAGGAAUGGAGUUGUUGAUCUGUCCUCUGCUGAGGUGUGUGGGAAACCUCCUGUCCUCCUGUCCAGUGAAAGACCUGAACACUCAAGUGGCUGACAUUCGUAUUGUGGUCGCUCUGUGUGCACUUCUUCAGGCCUACCUGCAGGCUCAGCCAGCGUUGGCUAGAGAGAGUGCCUGGGUCCUCAACAACCUCACAGCUCACUCCAGUGCUUUCUGCUCUGCUCUGCUGACUCUCAACUUGGUCCCUGGACUGAUCCAGCUCCUCCCUUUCUCUCAAGGCAUCAAUACCAUGAUCCUGAGGGUUCUAGCAAAUGUUGCCCACAAGAAAAAGGAGUUGUGUGUCCAGCUGGCCCAUCAUGGAUUGCUUUCUGCACUCUGUGCCACACUUAAAAUGGCCGACCAAGAGAUGGUGACCCUGAGUAUGGAUGUCCUGUCCGUGCUGGUAGUCAGUGGUCCACAGGUGGCUGAGGAGUUUGUGAGGCAAGGCGGGCUUUCGCUGUUAGAAGCCAUUCAGUACAACAGUGAAGGAGAGAUUAGACAAAGAGCAACACGUCUCCUGGAGCACCACCCACUGUCCUCCUCAACAUAUUGCUCGUUGGACAACAUCCCAUGUUCCUGAAGCAACAGGGAGGCAUCACAUUCACACCUAUGGAGUACAGUGUGUCACCUACAGUAUACCAUGAGGCAACACUCUAUUCAUUCUCACUCCCAACUCGUCACACACGGCUGCUUGGUCAUGACCCCUUUGGCGACAUUUUUCAGCAUGCAGGGUAAGGUUAAACAAAACAAGUUGGUUAGGUUUAGGAAAAGAUUGUGGUUUGUUACGUAACUUGCGUU